AUGGAAGCCAUGAAACGAAGUGUGUCGGAAAUGCUCGAGGGCAUCAAUCGAUACAAUCCUGAGAAUUUAGGGAAACUCGAGCAGUAUCUUGAUAUGCAGUUGAGAGAGAACGGAUACGAUCUGGAAGCAAACCUCACUAUCUUGAAGCUGUACCAAUUCAAUCCUGGAUACUAUCGAAGUGGUGUCACAUGCAAGAUUUUAAUGAAGGCUUUAACGAAUCUUCCCCAUCCCGACUUUGUACUCUGCAAGUGCCUCCUGGGCUCCGAGCAAAUGGAGGACAGUUCCAUUAAAAUCAUUCUUUAUCUUGGGGAUUUGUUGGAGAUGUGCUCUUUCCCGAAAGUUUGGCGGCUUUUGCGGGAGUCGCCUGCUAUCUAUGACAAAAUCACCGGGUUCGAGGACUCCGUUCGACGUUACAUUUCGCACAUCAUUGGAAUCACGUGUCAGCGUAUACCUAGAGCAAGCCUGAAAGCAAUGAUGGGAGAUGUUCCGGAUCCAUCUCUGAACGCAAUCAUCGCGCAGAACAAUUGGCGUGAAGAGAAUCCAGAUGAUCCGGAAGGAGCCGUGAUCGUCGGUAGCCAAGAAGAUAAAGUCAAGACGAAAAAUAUCACGGAAAAGAUCGAUUUUGACAUUCUUGCAUUCAUUUCGCGUCGUGAGAACGUUGUUCAUGUUCCUUGUUUGAUUGUGACGGCGCGUGAUGUGAUGGCGAUCCAGCGACCAGCUAUUUGGGUGUCUGGGUUGAUCAGUCGAUUUGAAGAGCAGCUGCCCUUCCGCAAUGGACCUCAGAGUUCGCACUCACGCCUAAACAUCGAGCAGAACAAACAAUGCUUGAUAGAGAUCUCAAAACACAAGUUUUCCGUUGUGAUCUCAGGACUUACUCGUAUCCUGCAACGGAUUACGGAGGUGGGCCGUCCGCACAACACGGAAUUCGACAAGAACUACUACGAAUCGCUCAUCACCCUCCUUGACACGCUGGUAAAGUGUCUGAAUUCUCAGCCUCGAGAUGCGAUGCGUCACGAGGACACGACUCAAGUGCGGCUGUUGCUUCGGGAAGUGUGUCAGUUUAUGGACCCUGCAGUGGGGAACUUUGAUCAGUACCACUACAACCAGAACCCCAUGGAAAUACAGCUCAAGUCUCUCGCGUCGCAAGUCAUCUUUUCCUUGUCGCAGCACAACUUCAACGCUGUGUUCAAUCGGGUUUGCGCGAGGUUGCAGGAAUUGAGUACGUCCAACGAAGAGAACCCCGACUUGAGCGACAUCGAGCUUAUUCAGCACAUUCACAUUGAUUUGGCGCGGUUGAUUCGAUUAUUCAGCGAAACUAUCACGAAGCUCAAAUCGUUGAAGAAAACGGCGCACAUUGCCCUGAUCACGUCUCUGGAGAAGGCAGUGUGGACGUGGCUGGACUGUUACCCGCAAGAAUUCGCCGAAAUCCAGCGGAAACCCAGCGAUGACCUGGCCCGGCUCUGUGACAUGCUCUUUGACCAGCUGGAAGUCUCUGCGGACUCGAACCGGCGCCGGCUGGCCAACUGGCCCUUGCAACUCAUUCUCCUGGCCCUGUGUCCACGAGUGCUGGAAGAGAUGUUGAAUGCCGAGGCUGGGGCCCCGUAUUCGCCGAAACAUCACAAGAAGAAAGUGCUGUUGGAUCAUAUUAGGAAGGCGUUGGUCAUUCAUCAUCACACUGUGUCGAAGGCCGCGACUGAAGCCGCUGUUGUGGCUUGUGUGCGGUUGUGCAAAGUCGCCACUUAUAUCAAUACUGUGGCGGAUUCUACGAAUAUUGUGUUCAGGUUGUUGCAGGGCAUCAACCAAGAUUUGAAAGCUAUUUUGUUCAACCCAUCAAAGCCGUUUUGUCGUGGGAAUCAGCAGCAUGACAUCGAAUUGAUGGUGGAUUGCUUUGUAUCCAUCUUCCGAAUCUCACGGGUGAAUGACGACGCUUUGAAGCAUUGUUUGUUGCCAACCUCGCCGCCGUCAUUCCAUUUUGUUUUGGUGCUCUCACUUUAUAAAAUUAUAACCCAGGAACCAUUACGCUGGUGGCCGGACAUAUCAAUGAUGUAUUUUAAAUCUGUGGAAUUGCGAGGGAUGCUUAUCGACACUCUAAACAAAGUCAUUCAAGGAUACGUUUCACAUGCUCCGCUCAAGAUGCAGGGCUUUCAGGGCUUUACGUUGAAAGAGAAGAUGACUCCGUUGAAAUUCAAGGAGAAGACGUUGGAGGAACCGAUGAAUUUUAGGAACCUGUUGUAUUGGCUGGUGAAGCUCAUCUGCGCCGAUCCGCUGCUUUUGCUUUAUAGCAAAGGAAAAGCGGGAAGUGAAGUGCAGAGCUCAACCCAUGAAUUGAUCAAUGGACUGGUUUCCCUGGUGCACCAGCAGCAAGGCAUGACUGAGUUGAUGCACCAGGGCAUGGAAGCCUCCCACAUGAUGUUCUCCAUUUCACAGAAGCUGAUCCAGCAUCAGAUUGCCAACUAUUGUGAAAUUUUGAAAUGGCUGCGAGAGAUUAUGUUUUGUCGGAACAAGUUCUUGUCCAAACACAGAGAUUAUGCGAAUCUUGGGUCCGCGAUCCCGAUUUGCAAACAGAGCCACAUCAAACUCGAAGUUGUGUUCUUGAUGUACUUGUGGAGUGUGGACAUUGAUGCCGUGUUGGUGGCGAUGUCCUGUUUCAACCUCCUGUGUGAAGAAGCAGACAUUCGUUGCGCCACCGACGAAAUCAGUUUAUCGUCAUUGUUACCAAAUUAUCAUGUUUACCAAGAAUUGGCUGCUGCUUCGACUGUGCUGACAACUGGGAGGGCCGCCUUGCAGAAAAGAAUUAUGGCGUUGUUGCGGAAAAUUGAAACGUGCUCGCCGGGAUGCUACCAGGCAUGGGACGAAACGUAUUUGUCGUGGGAUCCCGCGAUGCGUCAUUUGGCGGCAUACCCGAAGCCGGCGGGAAAGGGAACGUUGGGCGGCGACGAUGCGACCAACUUGUGCAUUUCGGACGUGAGUCUCACGACGCUGGGCUUCCCGCAAAGAAUGGCGGCCGGAUCCAAGCGGAGGGCGUCGCAGCAAAACUCGGAACACGACUUGGAGGACCAGAUCAACGAGUGGGCCAACAUGACGGGGUUCCUCUGUGCCCUCGGCGGCAUUUGCUUGCAGAGACAGAGACCUGGAGUAGGGAACACGUUGCCAGCCUUUUCUUCGAGUCUGGACUCCAGGGCAGGUCCGGGACUGCUUGUCAAUGGCGGCGGGGCGCCUCACGGAAGUGCGAUGAGUUUGAGUGUGUCUGCCAGUGUGUCAACUUCAACGACGAGUUUGUGUUCCGUAGGCACCACACCUACCAUGCCGGCUGCAAGAAUGGCAUCGAAUGCUUUCCAGUGUUACCGGUACCAGGACUCACAGUAUUGCGCAGUGACUCAGUUCGUCGGUCAGCUCUUGCGUCUCCUCGUCUGCAACAACGAGAAAUUCGGCAACAACAUUCAGAAGCACGUGAAGGAGCUGGUGGGCCACGAAAUGGCGCCGGCGCUGUACCCGAUCCUAUUUGAGCAAAUCAAAGCCGUCGUGGAAAAGUUCUUCGACGCCCAGGGCCAAGUCGUCGUGCUGGAAAUGAACACCCAGUUCAUCGAGCACAUCAUCUUCAUCAUGAAGAACGUGCUGGAGAACAAGACUGAGCAUCCCGCGGAACACCUGGGCGUGACGCCGAUUGACGGGAUGAUGUUGGCGAUCGUGCGCUACGUGCGACAUCUAGACUCGACCGUGCACGCGUUGCACAUCAAGACCAAGCUCUGUCAGCUCGUGGAAACGAUGAUGCAGCGCCACGAUGAUUUGACUUUCCGGCAUGAGAUGAAGUUCCGGAACAAGAUGGUGGAGUACUUGACGGACUGGGUCAUGGGUAACUCGCACCAGAUUGCUGCCCCUGGCGGGCAGGGAGACGUCACGUCCAUUACCCGUGACCUAGACCAGGCGUGUAUGGAAGCUGUUGCAGCGUUGCUCCACGGGAUGCCGCUCCAGAGCGAGGAAUGCGAUCGCGGAGAUUUGAUGGAAGCCAAGUCCCAGCUCUUCCUCAAGUACUUCACGCUGUUUAUGAACCUGUUGAAUGACUGCAGCGAGGGCGGCGUGGGUGCAGCGGGGGCGUCUGCAGGCGUCGCUGCUCAACUGGGAGUCGCCAGCGUGGUGAUAGAGAAUCCGCAACGAGGCCCGACAGUGGCGCCCACUGCCUGCGGCGCCGCUGCGGUUGGUGCUGGUCCCGGCGGGGAUGUCGCUGUGGGCACUGCCGUGAUGCCCGGAGCCUUGCCCCUGGGCCAUGCGACCCAAACUGUCCCGAUGGUCGUGGGGAGGAUGAGUGGGCAGCGACAGUCGACGUUGCGGAACGCCACGAUUCAGGCCAUGUCGAACUUGCUGUCGGCGAAUAUUGAUUCGGGGCUCAUGCAUUCCAUCGGGCUCGGCUACCACAGGGACUUGCAAACUCGUGCGGCCUUCAUCGAGGUCUUGACCAAGAUUCUGCAACAAGGAACCGAGUUCGACACGCUUGCAGAAACUGUUUUGGCAGAUCGGUUUGAGCAGCUCGUGGGGCUCGUCACAAUGACCGGCGACAAGGGCGAAUUGUCGUUGGCAGUGGCCCUGGCGUCCGUCGUUCCGACGUCGCAGCUGGACGAGUUGGCCCGGGUCUUGGUCACCCUGUUUGACAACCGGCGGCUUUUGUCCUCGCUCAUGUUCAACAUGUUCUACAGGUUACCUUCCGCGGAAGUUGAAUUCUCCGACUGCAUGCAGACGUUGUUCCGUGGAAACUCGCUGGGCUCCAAGAUCAUGGCGUUCUGCUUCAAGAUUUACGGCGCAGCCUACCUGUUCAAUUUGCUGAAGCCCCUGAUUCGGCCCCUGAUUGACAUGCCGAAUGUGAGCUAUGAAAUCGAUCCGGCGCGUUUGGGACCCAACGAGAGCCUGGAAACCAAUUACGAGAACUUGCUGACGCUCACGCAAAAGGUGUUUGAUGCGAUCACGUCAACUGCGGAACAAUUCCCGCCACAGUUGAGGUCCAUGUGCUAUUGUUUGUAUCAGGUGCUGAGCAAGAGAUUCCCGAACUCGCCGCAGAACAAUAUUGGAGCAGUUGGAACGGUGGUGUUCCUGAGGUUCAUCAACCCAGCCAUUGUUUCACCUUACGAGACUGGACUGAUUGAAACACAGGCGCCGUCGUCGGUCAAGAGAGGGUUGAUGCUGAUGAGCAAAAUUUUGCAGAAUAUCGCGAACCACGUUGAAUUCUCAAAGGAACAGCAUAUGCUGACGUUCAAUGGUUUCCUGGCUGCGAAUUUCGAAACUUGUCGCAGAUUCUUCGUCCAGAUUUCCAUGGAUGUUUCAAACGACGACCAAGCAGCGCACAACAUCUCGUUCAUCUCCGACGCCAACGUGCUCGCAUUGCACCGUUUACUAUGGACUCAUCAGGAGAAAAUUUCUGCAUCGGGUCUCGACUGA